GUUUGUGUUUCUCACGUUGUGAUGUAAAGUCCUUGACUGAUUUUUCACUCCUGGUACGAUAAACAUCUUGGAGUUCACUUAUUUUUCAUCGUGGUUCAUCUACUGGAAUAUUCUCUUGUCAUCUGCCGGUGGUGACCGGGAUCCCGUGAGCCGGAAUGUCUUCAUUAUGGAGCCUGAGACCAGUGCUGACAUCACUGUUUCAAGCAUCCCAGCAUGCCUCUGCCUGGACGUGUCCCAUCCUCUCCAGGACGAUGGCCACCCUCAACCAGAUGCACCGCCAGGGGAAGCCCAAACCGCCUCCUAAAUCUAUCGGCGCCACGUUCGGCCGUCCCCAGCUGAAGGCUGUGAUCCUGAAAACCAUGAUCCGAAAGCCCAAGAAGCCCAACUCUGCAAACAGGAAGUGCGCUCGAGUGCGGCUGUCUAAUGGGAAGGAGGCGGUGGCGUUCAUCCCCGGGGAGGGACACAACCUGCAGGAGCACAACGUGGUGCUGGUGGAGGGCGGGAGGACUCAGGACCUGCCGGGAGUCAAACUCAAAGUGGUCAGAGGCAAAUAUGACUGUGCCCACGUGGUGAAGAAGAAACAGUAGACUGAGAGACGGACACUGGUGUGAUCGAAAUGUAUGUUUGUUAGUUGUUUAAUAAAUUACAUCAUCAUGUGGGUAACUACAUGACCAAAAGUAUGUAGACGCCUGAAUAGUCCACUCAUUUGUCAGUGUAACAUGAUUCAGACAUCAUGUUCAUUAAUGUGCUGCUCUAACAGCCUCCACUCAGCUGGUUUCAGUCUUUCUCCCAUUCAGGCUCCAGAGCAUCAGAGAAGUCCAGCACUGAUGUUGGUCAUCAGGUCUGGCUCACAGUCAGUGUGUUAGUUCAUCCCAAAGGUGCUGGAUGGGGUUCAGGUCAGAUUUCUCCACAACAAACUGGGAAAAGCUUUUUCUUUACGGAGCAGUUUUUGUGCAUGCAGGCAGUGUCCUGUUGAAACAAGAAACUGAUCAUAAAAUUUUCUGGAAGAUUAA